UAUUUAUUUAAAGAAGAGAGAGAGAGAGAGAAAGGAGGUUUUUUUUUGUUGUGCUUACUUUGCUGCAAUAGAUAGUACAGGAAGACCACAGUUACGAAAAACUGAUAUAUUAUCUGAAUCUAAUAUGUAUCAGGGUGAUCAAAAGCAAAGACGUAAGGAACAGAAUCGAGCAGCACAGAGAGCAUUCAGAGAACGUAAGGAACGAUAUGUGAAAGAACUUCAAUCAAAGAUUAAGGAAAUGGAAAAGAAACAUAAUGAGGAAAUGACAAAGAUGACUCAAGAGAACGAAUCUCUUAAAUCACUCGUGAAAAAAAUGGAAGCUGAAAUAUAUACUUUAAAGGGUGCAGCUAUGGCUUUUAAUCUCUCUAUUAGUAAAUUACGUGAAGCGGGUCUUGAUGUACCAUCACCGACAGGUUCUACCUCUUCAUCACCUCAAUCCGAUCGACCUUCUCCACCUGCUGCUAAUAUGCUGGAUAAUUCAUUAAACAGAAAUGCUAUCAUGACUACCAUUCGUGAUAAAGAUGGAUUUUCGACUAACGAAAAAAAGCAUUCCUUUGGUAACAUGAAUACUAUCCAUAAUUCUGUUCAUCAUUAUAAUCAACAUCAUUCUUCCGUCGUCUUUCAACAUGCAAGCAAUGAAAAUACAGACGAUGACUUGACACUCGGUGAUGAUGAAGAAGCAAGUUUUGCAGAACGGGAAACUAAACGGUUUGAACAUCAUGUUGAUCCUAUCAUGCAUACUGGUAUCACCAUGAUACCUUGUUCUCAAAUAUGGGAACGUUUAUCGCGACAUCCCAAUUUUGAUGAAUUUGAUUUGGAUCAAUUAUGUGAAGAAUUAAAGAAAAAGGCUAAAUGUUCAGGUCAUGGACCUGUUAUUCCAGAAUCUGAAUUAUUAGAAGUAUUACACAGAAUGGACAAUCGAAUUAUUUAAAUAUUUAUUAUAUCCAAUAACUCUUUUCUUUUCUUUUUUUUUUUUUCAUUAUCAUCAAUCACAUGAUAUUAUCUUUCUUUCUUCCCCUCCUUUUUUUUCUGUGUAUGUGUGUUAAAGUUUGUUCACAUGAUUAAAAAAAAAAUCCCUCCUUCUUUGCACUUGUCUUAUAUUUUUCUAUCCAAUCACAACCUAUCUAAUAAUAUAUACGACAAAAGCUUCUUGACACAAUUUAUUCUAUGGAAUGAAAUAGAAUAAAAUAAAAUAAAAUAAAAUAAAAUAAACAGAGAAUAACU